GAUAAUGCUAAGGAUGACACUGAGGAUGAUGCUAAGAAUGAUGCUAAGGAUGAUGCUAAGGAUGACACUGAGGAUAAUAAUGACCAACAAAGUAACGAUCAACAAGACGAUGAACAAAGUGAUGACCAACUAAAUAAUGACCAAUUAAAGGAUACAAAUGACACAGCUAAUGAAAAAACUAGUGAAUCUGAAAAUAGAUCAGAAAAAAAAUUCACAAAAGGUGAUCACAUUUAUGAGUUCUUUCAACGUGUCUUUGUAAAUGAUUCUUGGAGUUGUGCAUCACCGAUUGAAAAGCCCUACUACUCAGCAGGAAUCUUUCCAGUUGUCUGUUUUUUGUGUGGCAAUAAAAAUAUAACAACGCCAGUAAAAGAGAAUAUCCAUUGUGUGUUGGGUGUGGUGGAAAGUCUUUACCAAAAAAAAUGCUAUAAGUGGAGGCCAGGCACGAACAAAAAGGGAAAACAACAUCGAACUGAAUAA